AUGGCUCUGAAGAUGCCAAAUCUCCAGAGUGAGCAACCCCUCCCCUCAGUCAAGGAGCAUACUCGCGCAACAAUCAAAACCCUCUUCCGAUUCUUGCACGCGCAAGGACAAGGCGACUAUCUCGGCGAACAAGUGACUCAAUUGGAGCAUUCGCUACAAUGUGCACACCUUGCCGCCCAGUCUACGGAACACGGACAUGACAUCGAAGUCGUUCUUGCUGCGCUUUUGCACGAUGUCGGACGGUUCAUUCCCGCCGCAGAGAAGAUGGGUAAGAUGGUCACGCCAGAUGGACAGUACAUUGGUCGGCAAAGCCACGAAGUUCUCGGAGAGGCCUAUCUACGACAAAUUGGGUUCAGCGAGAAGGUGUGCAAGCUUGUUGGGGCGCAUGUCAUGGCGAAGCGGUACUUAGUUGCUAUUGAUCAGGGAUAUCAUGAUGGGUUGAGUGAGACUAGUAAAAGGACAUUGAAGUUCCAGGGUGGCGGGUUCACACCCGACGAGAUCCGCAAGGCCCAGGAGGAUCCUUUGCUCGAGGCUAUGCUUGCCGUUAGGCGAUGGGAUGAUCUUGCCAAAGUACCCAAGUGCGUGGUACCUCCAUUGGAAGCGUAUGAAGAAAUAGCCUUCGAAUGUCUUCUUGAAUCUCGAUCAAAGUUCAAGCUCCACUCUAGGGAAUACAGUCUACCAACACAGCCGACAGUGGUGAUUUGUAUUGAUGGAUUUGAUCCGGAGUAUCUUCAGUCUGGCAUCGAGCGGGGCUUUUUGCCUACACUCAAGAGGUUCCUUGAAAGUGGGUUCCAUGCCACAGCCAAGAGCUGCAUGCCUUCGUUCACAAACCCAAACAACGUAUCAAUUAUCACAGGAGCGCCACCAUCUGUCCAUGGAAUCGCAGGAAACUUCUUCUUGGACCGAGAGACAGGCGAAACCAAGAUGGUCACUGAUGACUCUUUGCUUCGAGGCUGCACGUUGCUGGAGCAAAUGUUCCAGCGAGGCGUGCGCAUUGCUGCUAUUACAGCAAAGGACAAGUUGCGAAAGAUCCUCGCUCACGGGCUGAAGGGGUCCAUCUGUUUCUCGUCGGAGAAAGCCGCAGAAUGUACCCUUGAGGAGAACGGUAUUGACGAUGUGGAAAAGUGGCUUGGCCAGACCGCACCUGGUCAAUACACGGGAGAUUUGUCACUCUUCGUUCUCGAUGCCGGAGUGAAGUUGCUUCACGAGAAAAGAUCAGACUUUUUGUAUUUGACAUUGUCUGACUUCGUCCAGCACAAACACGAACCAGGGAGCAAAGAGGCUGAUGAAUUCAUGGGUGCCAUUGACCAACGAUUGCAAAAUCUCGCUGCUUUGGCUCCUACCGUCGGUGUCACUGGGGACCAUGGCAUGAGCCAAAAGUCCAAUAGAUUAGGGGAGCCCAACGUUCUCUUCUUAGAGGAGGUACUCAAUUCCAAGUUUGGACCGGAUGCUUCCAGAGUGAUCUGCCCCAUUACGGAUCCAUUUGUCCGACACCAUGGAGCACUUGGCUCGUUCGUGCGUGUCUGUCUCAAGGAUAUCAGACAGCUAGAUGAGAUGAUUUCUCUCAGUGGCCGUGACGCUGCAGAGAAGUAUGAGAUGCUUCUGGAUCGUGAAGGAGACAUCGUCGUGAUUUCGAAGAAACACGCCGUUAUCGGGAGUACAAAAGCCAACCAUGACCUUUCGAACUUGAAAGAUCAUCCUUUGCGAUCGCAUGGGGGAUUGAGCGAGCAAGACAUUCCAGUCAUCAUGUCGAAGCCGUUGAACAAUACCAGCGUUAGAGUCAACAAGGGUUGGAGGAGCUACGACAUCUUUGAUCUUGUGCUCAACUGGUCGAAAUGA